GAUCCGUCAUUAUAUAGUGAGAUGUCCUUCACAUUCGCCGCCUUCUCCUACAUCUCUGGACUCAUUUUAGACGCUUUUCUCAUAUUCUUCGCCGUCUUUCACGUGAUAGCGUUUGAUGAGCUGAAGACCGACUUCAAGAACCCGAUAGAUCAGUGCAAUACAUUGAAUCCACUGGUUUUACCCGAAUAUGGCGUCCAUUUGGCGUUCAAUGUCUUGUUUCUAAUCGCCGGCGAAUGGUUAACACUACUAUUGAACGCACCGCUGAUCGCGUAUCACAUCUACAGAUAUAAGACGCGACCGAUUAUGUCGAGUCCCGGACUCUACGACCCGACGACUAUCAUGAAUGCGGAUCAGUUGUCCCGCGCUAUGAAAGAGGGUUGGGUUAAACUGGGCUUCUAU